GUUUCGCUGCUGCCCUUGCUUCUAUCCUAUAUCCAAAUACUCAUAGCUCUCUCUCUCUCUCUCUGUUGGCGUCUGAGGCUGAGAGACAAUUGGAACAAGCGGGCAACUUUUUAGAAUUUCGGUGUUCCUCAGCUUUCGAAGCAUAGAAAAGAAGAACUGAAUGUUGUAUUGAAUCUUGACCGCAUCUUUUCUUCCUCCUGUUUUUUGUGUGCAGUCUGCGAAGGAUUUAGUGAAGGCAGUCAACGGUUUUUUCUCCCAAAGAAACGGAAGCUCCUUACUCUUGUUCAAUACAAAAUAGAAAGUCCCUUAUAAUAGGAUGGAGGACUAUAUCAUCAACUGGGUUUUCUCUGGAGUGGUUUUUUGGACGACAACGUUCUUAGUAGUCAAAAAAUUAUUUCCGAAACGUACCUUUGAUUUCUGUAACCGUAUUGUUUCCACAAUCCAUGCUUCACUGGCUGUCUGUUUAGCUUCCCUCUCUGUGCAAGACUGGAGCUGUCCUGUGUGUCCUGUGGCAUCAAAGUCCUCUCCAUGGCAGAUGAAAACACUGGCAGUGUCUCUUUCUUAUCUGAUCUAUGAUCUGAUAUGCUGCCUCUUCGACAACCAUGUCAAUCUCGACAAUUCAGUUCAUCACUUGGUCAGUAUCGUCGGUAUUGGAGCAGGUCUUGCCUAUCAAAUUUGUGGUUCAGAAAUGGUGGCAGCUUUAUGGAUAACAGAAAUUUCUAGCCCUUUCUUGCACAUGAGAGAACUUCUGAAAGAGCUUGGUUACAGAGACACCGACCUUAAUUUAGCAGUCGACAUUUUAUUUGCAGCAGUCUUCUCAUUUGCCAGGAUGGUUGGCGGUCCAUAUCUAACAUAUCUAACCUUGACAGCAGGCAACCCACCGCUCAUUAAGGCAAUGGCACUAGGAUUGCAGUUGGUGAGUGCAUUCUGGUUCUGCAAGAUUCUCAGAAUGGUGAAACACAAAUUGGUCAAGAGGGUGGGACCCAACAAAGCUGCCAAAACUCCUAGCCACUAGAUUCCAAAUGUCAAGUGCAUGAGAUGCAAAGUUAUCAAGUGUACAUCAAUGUAGUUUUAAUUGCUUCCCGAACCAAAACAUGUAGUGACUGGCUAAUCUACGUAAUCAUUCCCAAAAUUAUU